AUGUCAUUAAGGAUGACAAUAAAUAAGUGCAGUAAUUACGAAGAAGUUCUUGUGAAAACGGAGGACGGAUACACCCAUAAAUGUUGGUAUGUAAAGGCUAGAAACCACAAAAAUAAACCUGUAAUUCUUUAUUUUCCGGGGAAUGGAGAAUACCUGGAAAAAUAUGUUAGAACAUUUGACUAUAUUACUAAUAGGGUUGAUGCAAACAUAUUCUCUUGCCCAAAUAGAGGAUGCGGUACGAAUGAAGAAACGCCAUCAGAAGAAUACUUUUAUAAAGAUGCAUAUAUUUACUUAAACCAUUUAAAACAAAGUAAAAGGAAUAAGAUAUUUAUCUUCGGAAGUUCAAUGGGUGCAGCGGUAGCUCUAGAGACGGCUUCCAAAUACCAGAAUGACGUAUAUGGACUGAUUUUACAGAAUCCCUUUUUAAGUAUGAAAAGGAUGGCACAUGAUAAAAAACCCUUCUUAUAUUUCUUUCUUUUCAAUUAUGAUCUUCUAAUUAGAACGAGAAUGGACAAUGAAAAAACAAUCAAAAAUUUACACAUACCUAUUUUAUUUAAUGUUUCUGAAAAGGACGAAAUGGUUUCUACGGAGCAUUCAAAAAUUUUGUAUGAGACAUGUCCAAGUAAUAAUAAGUUCAUGUAUAUAGCUAAGAAUGGGAUACAUGACAAUAUUUUGAUAAAUGAUAAAGGAGAAUAUCACCAAUCCAUGAAAAUCUUUAUCGAAACUGCUAUUGCCCUUAAGGAUGUUAAUAAAAAAAAGGAAGAAAAUAAAAAUAGAUGA